AUGUUUGCAAUCGGUAAUAAGAUUGAGUAUAAAUGCAAUGAAGGAUACAGAACAAAUAAGACUGUUCCACUGAUAUCUAAAUGCCUUGAAAAUGGAACCUGGAGUUCAGUGGAGGAUGAAUGCUUGCCUGAAGCUGUAUUCGGGGAAGACAUUUAUAAACUCAACAACAAAUUCUACAAAUUCAUGCGACAACUACAAGAUUGGGAUACAGCUAAAACAUCAUGUUACCAAAUGAAUGGAAACCUCGUCCACAUUUUGUCUAAAGAAGAACAUGAGUUCAUGGUUGAUAUUAUAAAAAAUGCAGAUGAUUACUAUUGCUACUGGAUCGGUGGCAGAAGGAUAAACGAGGAGUUCAGCUGGUUGGAUGGGCCAACCUUUGACAGCGGUUACAGGAACUGGCAUGACGGACAGCCUAGUUCUACACCAGGAGUCGAGGACUAUUUACGUCAAUCUUUUAUCCACGUCACCAGCAGAAGGGGUGUACCAGCAGAAAGGGGUACGUCACCAGCAGAAGGUGGUGUAGCAAUACGGCAUGUUUGCCCAUUAUAA